AUGUUCUGGUCUGGCGCUUUGCUGAGUUCCACCGGGCCUUUGGCCAAGGCCUGGCUCUCCGCCAACCAGGAGCGCAAAGUCUCCAAGGUCCAAAUCAUCCAGCACAACCUGCAGGAUAGCGUUGAGGCUAUCAUCUCUCCCAAUGAGGCUCCUCUCGCCCUUCGCCUGAGCGGCCAGCUGCUGCUCGGCGUCGUCCGUAUAUACAGCCGCAAGGCGCGUUACUUGCUUGAUGAUUGCAAUGAAGCCCUGAUGAAGAUUAAGAUGGCUUUCCGCUCGACUGGGACCCACGAUGUUCCCACGAGUAUGCAUGUGCAGAACAAAGAGUCACUUAUUCUGCCUGACAAGAUCACCCCCUACGACAACCUCGAAUUGCUGCCCCCGCCGAGUGCGGACUUCCUAGCUUCCCAGCUCGAGGAUGUCACAGCCACCCCCAUCAGCAGCCGCAAGACUACCCUGCGCCCUAAUCUUCGUGACAUUAACCUCCAGGAAGACUACAACAACAGCCAGUUCCUGAACGACAACAGCCAAGAUGAAGACGAGCUCGGUAUGGCAAACAUGGACGACCUCGGUCUGGAGCUUGACUUCGGCAUGGACCUCGACGACCGGCCGUCCAAGCUAAUGGACAAGAGCAUCGAAGUCGGCAGAGAUGCGCCCGCCGCUCGUUCUGUUGAGGACGAUCUUCUUAGUGAGCUCGAUGCUGGUCCGAACAAGGACCGCCUUGCCCGCGAACAGUCUCUGGGUCUCGAUCUCGAUUUUGGUGACGGUGUUCAGAUUGCCGACAACGAUGGCGACAUCCAGAUGCGCGACGACGACCUGCAGUUCAACGUCGGUGAUCAGUCCGCCAUGCCCGAGCCCAUCGGUGCGGAUAUGAGCCGGGCCCGCAUUUCCGAGUCUCCGCUCUCGGAUAUCGACGAAGACUUUGCCAGGGAGGUCGAGGAGGAGUAUAGCCGCCAGAUGAACAACACCGACAUGUACGAGCCCGGUGACGACAGCGCUGCGACCGUUCAGGCGCCCCAGCGUCAGAAGAAGAAGAAACUUCUCCAGCCCGACGAGCAAACCAUGCUUUCUAACGCCCAGAUCAAGGAGCUGCAGUCGAAGCGCGACAGCAUUCUUAAGCCCCAGACCUUUGUUGCUCACGACCCGUACAUUGUGGGGCUUAUGGACCUCCACAAGAACGGCGGCUUCGUCAACAACAUUCUGUUCGAGGGCCGUAGCGAAAACUGGGCCCCCGAGCUGAAGGGCCUCCUUUCCCUCGGCGCCAUCCGUCCCAACGUACUCAAGCGCAAGCGUGAUAGUGGCGUUGCCGACUUGGGCAGCGAGGACGAGCAGGGCGCCCACAAGUCUCCCCGCCUCGAGCUCCCCGAGGACGAGACCGUCCUUAACCUGGAGCGCUCGAUGGUCGGCAACCAGAGCAUCGCCGCUGACGGCACCGUUCUCUCGAUCCCAGGCCAGCAAGACGAAUCAACCGUCGUCCACGGCGCCGAGGAUGACCACCACCACAGCGCAGCCAGCCCGGGCCCCGCCUUCGAAGACACCACGAUGCCCCUCGUCCACCCCGCCGACAGCGGUCCCGUUUCUGUGUCUACCAAGCACGCCGUGCACAUCCUGCGCGACCUGUUCGGCGAGGAGGCCGCCACCAACGCCGAGAAACGCCGCAAGACUCACGUCGUCUUCCAGGACCUGCUGCCCGAGGGCACCACUUCCAAGGCCGAUGCUACCAAGAUGUUCUUCGAGUGCCUCGUUCUCGCUACCAAGGAUGCCAUCAAGGUCGAGCAGCAAGAGGGCACGCUCGGUGGGCCGAUUCGCAUCCGUGGCAAACGUGGCUUGUGGGGCGCCUGGGCCGAGCGUGAGGCCGGCGGCGAGAUGGCGCGCGAGCAGGUUAGGGACCAGGCUGAGCGCGUGGUGGCUGCUUCGCAGGAAGUGUCGGUCUCGGCUUAG